AUGGCACUACAACCAUUUCGGGAUGAGCAGUUAAACUAUUUCAAAUUCGCGUCUAUUGUACUGGAUGAGUUCCCAAAAGCAUUACGUCAGACGUUCACGUCCAUGUGGGACAACACUUUGACACAUCUUCCCGGUCAUCAGCCGUGGGAUGACUCCGCUGCGGUAAGAAAUAAAUUCCUUACUUCAGAGGGUGGCCCUGGCAGAACCAAAGUUCCCACAAACCUCUCCUAUGAAGAAUGGGAUUGCACCGCCCUGUUCCAGGCCACCAUCUACGCCAAGUCCUUUGCUUUGCCCGACAGUGGAGGUCAUCACAAGACACUCUGUGAGCUGUUCGUGAAACCUCGGAAAUUGGCUCAUGGAGUUUUCCAUGCAUCGGUGACCAGCCCGAGCGGAAACAAUGCUGAAACGGUUGCACUCGCGAUUGAUCAGGUUCGACUUUUAAGAAAUUCACUUUUUCACUCGCACACUUCUGAAAUUACUAAAGCCACCUUUGACCAGUACGUGAAGCACGCUAAAGAUGCAUUUGAAGCUCUUGGUGUCAAGACGGACCCUAUUGAUAUCAUCGGUGGCUUAACAGAGUCAGAAUUUCCCACAAAUAAAGUUCGUAAACUAGAAGAAUAUAUCAAAGAGGAAAAUCGAGCGUUUGUAAGUUUUCUGCAACAACAGAAUCAACAUCUGGAGGGCAUUAGUUCAGAUGUGAAAGCCUUGAAACACAAAAUGGAAGUCAUGCCUACCAAAGAUGAUAUCUUCAAGAUGCUAGAACAGAUAAUCAAAGACUUGAUUCAGGCGCCAGCCCAGAACAAGCCAGGUAAAUGUAUGUUCAGUUUCGACAAAUGUUUGAUCCAUGUGACUCGAAUACAAAAAUCAUUUACAUGUCCAGACGAUGGUUGAAGUUACGGGUCUAUAUUUUUAAAAUGCUUACCCCUGUAGUUUUUAAGUUAAGGACCAUCAGAAUUUCAAAAUUUCUUUCAAACGACUUCGGAUCAUUCAUGCCCUAAAAGGCCCUGAAUAUCAUUGAACAUUUUCCUAGACUUCUUUAAAAUAUAUAAAAUUCCCGGCAAGCGGUGCGCGCAUUUCUCGAAGUGAAAUUCUGAUAUAUAUAUUUUUUAAUCAAGUUCUUUAAAGUAACGGUACGUUCACUAAAGCAACUAACUUAGGAAGCAGUAAUUAAUCAUUAUGUUUGUUUUUCAUUUAAACAGAUAAAAAUCUGACAUCCAUUAAACCAACUAAAGAUACUUUACUGGAUACCCACACUGCUGACCAAGACAGGAAACAGGAGGAGGUCCCUUGUUCAUCACAUGGCUUGUUGAAGGUUGAAUAUGAAACCGCGGUUACACAUUUGAAAUCAGACGAUUUCGUCUCGGCUCUUCAGUCUGCAAAACGUGCGCUUGACAUUACGCGAACUCUGUUUGGAGAAGAACAUCCUAAAAUGGCUAACAAUCACUUAUUGGUCGGGCUCAUACAAAUUGAUUUAGGUAACUACGCAUCAGCUUUUCAGUCUUGUCAAAGUGCGCUUGACAUUAGACGAAAGCACUUAGGCGAGGAACACCCAGACACAGCAAAAAGCUAUUUUUCUCUGGGCGUCACACAAAAUUCCUUGGCAGAGUAUGCAGCUGCUCUUCAGUCCUUCCAGCGCGCCCUUGACAUCAGGAGAAAGCUGUUCAGCGAGCAACACCAGGGCACGGCUCUAAGUUACCAUUCUCUGGCGGUCACACAAUAUUCCUUGGGUGAUUAUGUAUCAGCUCUUCAAUCUGACCAGCGUGCCCUCGACAUCAGGCGAAAGCUGUUCGGCGAGGAACACUCAGACACAGCCAACAGUUAUGAUUCUCUGGGAACCACACAACAUUCCUUAGGUGAUUAUGAAUCAGCUCAAAAAUCAAAACGAAGUGCCCUUGACAUCAGAAGAAAGUUGUUCGGCGAGGAACACUCAGACACAGCCAACAGUUAUGGUUCUCUGGGAGCCACACAACAUUCCUUAGGUGAUUAUAAAUCAGCUCAAAAGUCUAAACAGCGUGCCCUAGACAUAAGGCUAAAGUUGUUCGGUGAGGAACACCAAGACACAGCCGAAAGUUACUCUUCAAUCGGGAAAACACAAAAGAAACUGGGAGAGUUAACCUUAGCUCUUCAGUCUAAACAACGUUCACUUGAUAUCAGAAGAAAAUGGUUGGGCGAGGAACACUUAGACACAGCAGAAAGUUACUAUUCUUUAGGGGUCAUACAACAUUGCUUACGCGAUUAUGCAUCGGCUCAAGAGUCUAAACAGCGUGCCCUUGACAUCAUACGAAAGCUGUUUGACGAGGAACACUCCGACACAGCGAAAAUUUACGAUUCUCUGGGGGCCACACAACAUUCCAUAGGAGACUGUGCAUCAGCUCAAAAGUCUAAACAGCGCGCCUUGGACAUCAGACGUAAGUUGUUCGGCGAGGAUCACCCAGACACUGCUCGAAGUUACUCUUCAAUCAGGAAAACACAAAUAAAAUUCAGAAAGCAGACUUUAGCCUGUCAGUCUAAACGACGUUCGCUUAAAGUAGGAGAUAAAAUAAAAAGGAAUUCUGAACAAUAAUUUAUCGUAUUUAAGCAAAGGAUUUCACCCAGGGAACAUUGAUAUGUACCGAUGUGGCUCAAAUCCCUUUGGUGAUUUCGCUAUUCCGAGGCGUGGUGCGGAAAUUUCUGCAUAUCAGUGAGCCGAUGCGCAGAUUGUUUAAUGGUGGUGUGUUGUCAAAGAUUUUAAAUUUACAAUAUGGUGAACCCGUAGAUAUACUGUAUAGAGUAUGUAAUCGUUAUUCUGUCUAAAGUGAAGGUGAAUAGUAACGGCUAUUUGCCGAGGCGCGACGGUGAGGCAGAUCAUUGUGUAGAAUAUACCUUACAAAUACCGAAAAAAUUAGUUCGUAUCUAUCAUUAUACCGAGAAAUGUCAGAGUUUGGACUCUUGGCGCACGAUUUUGUUUCUUUAGCUGCUCCGUGGUGAAAAGUACUCACUAAUCACAUCCGAAUUAGUCAGUCAGCGCGCGCGAGAAGCACUAUUCCCACUCAUGAUUCACACAACAUCCGUUGGUGAUUAUGAAUCAGCUCUAGAGUCCUGUCAGCGUACCUUUGACAUCAGGAGAAGUUGUUUGGCGAGGGAAACUCAGACACAGCUGAAAGUUACAAUUCUCUGGCGGUCACACAUCAUUCCGUAG